AUCUAUGGUAAUUAUAGUUGUUUUUAGCACUAAAGAUAGUAAAGAUUAUCCUUACAAUAAUUUUACAUUGUUUUAUUGCAAAAACAUCUGUAACAUCAGAUCGAGGAUAAUUUAAAAAUAAAUCAAGUGACAGGUGGUGAUGUUUACAAUGAGAAUAAAAAUGGGACCCUUUAGAAAUAGUGAGUGGAGAUGUUGCUUCUGCCUCCAUGUAAGGACUGCAACGAUUCUGUUAGGAAUAUGGCAUCUUAUUUUGCACGUAUUGGCAUUAAGUGUUCUUGCUUUGAUGAUGAGAAACCAUCAGCAACGAAUGAUGGAACAAGAAACUUCUGAUCAAAUUGAGCCUAAUAAUUUACUUCCAACCCCUUUGAGUAAGGUUAAGGACAGUGAUAACCCCUAUUACUUGCCCACCACUCAAGAUGGUCGAACACCUCAUUCAUCUGACAUGGAUAUGGGUGCCCUGAUGACAGUGUGCACCCUCGCAAUAACCUUGCUGUUAAUUUAUGGUACCAUAAAGGGGAAAGCCACCCACUUGUUGCCAUUCUUUUGUUUACAACUGUUUGACUUUGCUAUUACUACCUUGACAGCAACAGGAUAUUUCUGCUACUUGAGAUCAGUACACAGUUUGGUGGCUGACCACUGGCAUAAUAUGCCAUUCCGCAAGGAACUUCUUCAACUCAGUCCCCAGUAUUUGUCUUUUCUGGUACUCUUGGCCUUUCUGAUUUCCAUGUUAUGGAAGGCUUACUGCAUUGUAAUCGUCUGGCGUUGCUACAAAUUCCUGACUCUGCGUAAACAGGCUCUUCGCAACACCGUUCACUACAUCUUGCCAGGAGAGGGCGGAGACCGUUUGCCUGAACCCGAUUACUCCUCCCUCCUUCCGGACUACGAAGCUGCUUGUGCUAGUGCGAUGAAACAACCCCCACCCCCAUCUUACGCCGCUGCUAUGGCCAGUCAACUGCCCGCCUAUCCUGGUGAUCCCCACGUAAACGUCAUUACCACUGUACAAAAUGAGACUUCUGUUGCCUCUAAUGACACCGACAUCGAUAACAAUAAUGUUGAAGACAACCCAGAGAACGCAGCAACAGGUGGAGCCGCUAAUAACCCGGACGUUCAGCCAGCAACUCCUCUCCAAACCAUGCCCACUGAUGGACGUAAAGAAGUAGAGGACAAGGAGGAGAAUAAGGAAGAUGGAGCACAGGAGGAUGCUGCUGCUGUUGCUACUGUGGUCGGUAAUAAAAAUUAAUUAAAAAUAUUUUGCUUUUUUUAUUUUUUCUGGGGCUAUUGGACAUUAAUACAAAGUAGUAAACUGUA